AUGGCGGGAGGCAGCGGCGAUGGCGGCGGCGGCGGCGGCCGGGCCUCGGGGCGCCGGCCGUCCAAGAGCAUCGGGCGGUCCCGGCGGGCGCGGCAGGAGCCGGCCCUGAGGGGGGAAGUGGGCCGGGGAGCCGAGGAGGCAAGGCUGGAGGAGGCGGUGAAUCGAUGGGUGCUGAAGUUCUACUUCCACGAGGCGCUGCGGGCCUUUCGGAGCGGCCGGUACGGGGACUUCAGGCAGAUCCGGGACAUCAUGCAGGCUCUGCUCGUGCGGCCCUUGGGAAAGGAGCACACGGUGUCCCGCCUGCUACGGAUCAUGCAGUGUCUGUCCCGUAUCGACGAAGGGGAGAAUUUGGACUGCUCCUUCGAUAUGGAGGCUGAACUCACGCCUCUGGAAUCCGCUAUCGUUGUGCUGGAGACGAUUAAGACAGAGUUUCCCCUGACAGAAGCUGUGGUAGAGUCCAGCCGAAAACUGGUAAAAGAAGCUGCUGUUAUUAUUUGUAUCAAAAAUAAAGAAUUUGAAAAGGCCUCAAAAAUUUUGAAAAAGCAUAUGUCCAAGGAUCCCAGUACCCAGAAACUGAGAAACGAUCUCCUGAACAUUAUCCGUGAGAGGAAUUGGGCACAUCCUGUGAUACAGAACUUCUCUUAUGAGACUUUCCAACAGAAGAUGCUGCAGUUCCUGGAGAGUCACACAGAUGAUGCAGAGCCCUUUUUGCUUACGACGGCAAAAAAAGUUUUGAAGUCUCAGUCUGCCGCAGAAGGUACUGUGACAGAAGAUAAGCACCUAGCACCAGAGCCUGUGGAAAAGCCAUCCAAAGAACCCUUUCGACAGCUUCCUGAGAGUCCAGCCACAUUUGGAAUUUCAGCUCUGAAAGGGGCUUUCAAAACCCUGUCCAGUUUUCAAGAUCCCGACGCAGCCUUCACCAAGCUGGACCAGAAAGACAUUUCAGUUCCUGAACAAACGUCGCCUUCGGCGGUCCUCAAAAACAAGCGGCAAAGAAGAGCCGAAAGCCCAUCCUCAGAGCCUACAGACAGUUCUGAACUGCAGCACAAGAAUAAACGUUUGACAAUAAGUAGAUUGGUUCUGGAGCAGGACAGCCAGAUUAGUAGUGAGCCGAGCGAGAGCCCUGAUUCCUCGCAAGAGUCCGUCGUGUCUUCCGCAUCCAAGCCUAUGGUUCUCAAGUUGCAUAACCAACCCCUAUCUGGGGAGAAGAGUCGCAAAUCGCACAAAGGCAAGUGGAACAGUUCCAAUGGGGUAGAAGAAAAGGACACGUGGAUAGAGGAGGAUGACCUUUUUCAAGUCCAGCCAGGACCAGAUGGAGAGGCCAAUAAUUCAGCCGUCAGUACCAAGAAGCAGAAAUGGACUGUCCAAGAAAGCGAAUGGGUCAGAGCCGGAGUGAUGAAGUAUGGGGAGGGCAACUGGGUCGUCAUUUCCAAAAACUUCCCUUUCGUUAACCGUACCUCCGUGAUGAUCAAGGAUCGCUGGAGGACCAUGAAGAAGCUGGGAAUGAACUGAAAAUGGCUUCCCGUCCUCAGAAAUCACUGGGGCCCGAUUAAUCACUAGCCCUUUUACAUUCUGUUGUUUCUUUUCUGAAGUUGAUCUAAGAUAACGAGAGAUCUGGGCGACCUGCUUCUUAGGGGGAGGUCUUCAGCCCCACUUCUGUGCCAUGGGAGGGGUGAUGGAAUGAAAGAAGGGGUGGGGGAAAAGAACGAACCCAGGGCGGGUGAUGGCCCAGACAGCUUUGGCGGCGGCCCGAAGCACUUCCCUUGCCUGCUCUCUUACGAUUUAAAUCUGGAGUUUCUAAUUCUAAGCUCUCGGAAGAGUAACCGGAGCCAAGUGGAACGUGCUGUGGGCAACCGCCCACCCAGCCCCGCGUACCGAACCCAGCAAUACGUAGUUACUCUCUGGAUUCGUCCUGGGUGAAGCUUUAACAGAAUGGUGCAACUUCGUCUAUUGUGAGCCAGGUGAAAUGAGACAGUCAGUGUGGAGCCAGUGUGUAUAUUUUUUUUUUUUCCUUUCAAAAUCGAUCUAAUCCGUUGUGAUCCACAUCCAGCCCCAAACCGCCUUGGCAUUUACUCGGAAUAUUUGCUGGGCUGUAGGGGCGGGUUUAAUCCCUAACUUCCAUGUGGUUGAACUGGUGUGGUUAUUUUUGUUUGUUUGUUUCAUUUCGGUUUGGUUUGGGGGGUUUUUUGUUUGUUUGGUUUUUUUGUAAAAUAGUGUUGUAGAUGACCUGAUGGUUUUUUCCCCUUCCGAAUUUUUAAAGCUUUAAAACAAUUAAUAUGGCAUUUGUCCCAUUCUUAGCUGUGAGAUGCUUUCCCCAGCUUGAUGCCCUAGUCGUGCUAUGCUUAAGUGUUGCUGUGUUGCACUGAAGUCCAUCAUUCUCUUCUCCUUUUGUACUGUAAUUUUGUGCUUGCUAUUAAAUCUUUCAGACACCCUUGAAAGUCCCCCAGGGUCUCUUUUAGAGCUUUCAGGAAAAUGACUGUUUUCUGUAAUAUUUUUAGAAUAAUCAACUCGAAUUAUCAUGUAUGAUAUUCAUUAAAGUUCUGCUCCACUCUG